GGAGAGCUCGCGACGUUACGUCGUCGCCAUUUUGUUUCACCGGGAGGAAAGAAACCAUCCUGAAAGCACCGGCGUGAAUAUUUUCAUUUAUUUUAAGCCCCUUUGACACGACGGAUCAGCAUCGUGCACCUAAUUUGUGAAUCGCAUGAUGUCUGGAGACAUGGCCACAGAUCAUGUAAACGGGAACGGCACGGAGGAACCAAUGGACACUACUGCAGCGGUGACCCGCUCGGAACAUUUCCCAGCUUUACUGGAGGCUGGAUUACACCAGAAAGUUGCUGAGAAACUAGACGAACUUUAUGUAGCAGGCCUUGUAGCACACAGUGACCUAGACGAAAGGGCUAUUGAUGCUUUAAAGGAAUUCAGCGAGGAUGGAGCUCUGCAGGUGCUGCUCCAGUUCAAAGAGAGUGACCUGUCUCACGUGCAAAACAAAAGUGCCUUUCUGUGUGGGGUAAUGAAGACCUACAGGCAGAGAGAGAAACAAGGGACUAAAGUUUCAGAUCCCACUAAAGGACCAGAUGAGGCCAAAAUAAAAGAACUCCUGGACAGAACCAAUUACACACUGGAUGUUACAACAGGCCAGCGGAAGUAUGGCGGGCCGCCACCAGAGUCCGUGUACACAGGUGCCCAGCCUACAGUUGGAACUGAGAUUUUUGUUGGGAAGAUUCCCCGUGACCUGUUUGAAGAUGAGCUGGUUCCUCUCUUUGAGAAGGCUGGACCUAUCUGGGACCUCCGGUUAAUGAUGGACCCGCUGAGCGGGCUGAACAGAGGUUAUGCCUUCGUCACAUUCUGCACUAAGGAGGCAGCUCAGGAGGCGGUGAAACUGUGUAAUAAUCAUGAGAUUCGCCCUGGAAAGCACAUCGGGGUGUGUAUAUCUGUGGCCAACAACAGGCUAUUUGUUGGCUCCAUUCCCAAGAGUAAAACCAAGGAGCAGAUUGUAGAAGAGUUUGCUAAAGUAACAGAGGGCCUCAGCGACGUCAUUCUCUACCAUCAACCUGAUGACAAAAAGAAAAACAGAGGCUUCUGUUUCCUUGAGUAUGAAGACCACAAAACAGCUGCUCAGGCUCGCCGCCGGCUCAUGAGCGGUAAAGUGAAGGUGUGGGGUAACGUGGUGACUGUGGAGUGGGCUGAUCCCAUUGAAGAUCCUGACCCAGAGGUCAUGGCAAAGGUCAAGGUUUUAUUUGUCAGGAACCUGGCCAACGGUGUUACAGAGGAGCUCCUGGAGACGUCGUUCAGUCAGUUUGGAAAACUGGAGCGAGUUAAGAAGCUCAAAGACUACGCUUUCAUUCACUUUGAGGAGAGGGACGGUGCAGUGAAGGCGUUGGAAGAAAUGAACGGGAAGGAGCUGGAGGGAGAGCCAAUUGAGAUCGUUUUUGCCAAGCCGCCGGAUCAGAAGAGGAAGGAACGCAAAGCACAACGGCAUGCAGCCAAGACACACAUGUAUGAUGACUAUUACUACUACCCUCCUCCCCCCCACAUGCCUCCUCCUGUCAGAGGCCGGGGCAGAGGCGGUAACAGGGGCGCUUACUCUUACCCCCCUGACUACUACGGUUAUGAGGAUUACUACGACUACUACGGCUAUGACUAUCACAACUACCGCGGCGGCUACGACGACCCCUACUAUGGGUACGACGACUUCCAGGCCCCGGCCCGAGGGCGGGGCGGCAGCAGGGGUCCCAGGGGCGGAGCUUCUCCAGCCAGGGGACGCGGCGGCGCAGGGGCACCCAGAGGCAGAGCCAACUUCUCCCAGCGUGGCGGGCCGGGACCAGGCCGCGGCGGGCGAGGCGUGAGAGGAAUCGUGCAGCCGAGAGGGCGAGGAGGGGUACGUGGUGCUCGGGGUGGCCGCGGUGGAAAUGUAGGAGGAAAGCGCAAAGCUGAUGGGUACAACCAGCCAGAUUGCAAGCGUCGCCAGACCAAUAAUCAGAACUGGGGCUCUCAACCCAUUGCUCAGCAACCGCUCCAAGGUGGUGAUCAUUCUGCAGGAAAAAGGGGUCGAGGCUGGUCCUGAAGAGUCGCUAUGAAGACUGACCAGUGUUUGGCAUCACACACUGCAGGCUGCCGUGGAUGGGAUGGUAAGGUCACCAGACUCAGUGGUCCAAUGGUAUUCCAGCCUUUAAAGACUGAAAGCGCCAUGUUUGAAGAUGAUCAGAAGAGCAAACCUCAUACUUGCUUUUUCCAAAGUUUUAAGUUUAUAGAGCCCAAACCCAAUGCUACGGUGGCCUUGAAGGUCAAACAAAACUUUGGUGUAACACAAAACAAAUGAAACAAAAAUUUUAUCAUGAGAACACUAUGAAGCUUGAAACAAACAUUUCCUUAAACCAGAAACAUUUUGUAAAAGGCAAUAACAUUUCAAGGAACCCUUAAUGUCUCCAGGGCAGCGGGAAGCCUUUUGAUGGGACACAUUUUUAAAAAUAACAUAAACUGCAAAAGCAGACCUUGUCCUUUGGAAGAAAAAAAGGCAUUUGUGAAAAACGAUUUGUCAAAUGAAGAAUCAUUUGAGGAAAAAAAAAAUCAUCAAGCACAUUUUGGGAAAGCCAAAAUGUGCUUGAUGAAAUCUUUGACUUGUGAGUUUAGUGUCAAGAGACAGAUUUCUCACAUGAAAACUAUGACUUUAAACUCAGAACUCUGAGGAAAAUGUCAAAAUUCCAAUUUCAGUCUCCGAAUUUUAUACCUGGAAUACUGACUGUUCUCAGAUUUCUUUUUUCUUCAUUUGAAAAAAGUUGGAUCUCAAAAAUGAAGCUAAAAUAAUUUGGUGGUGCCAGUCACUACCAAAUCAUGAAACCCAAUCGCAAUUCACAAAACUCAAAGCUUUCAUCACAGGAAAACAGUAAAUGAAUCCCAAAAAGUUCACUCGGAUAUAAAAACAUUUGAAUAAACAUAAAAAAUUAUAAAAUGCAAAAACAUUUGUUGAAAAAAAUACCACUUGGUAAAACAAAAAUGGUAUGAAAUGCAGAAUAAAAUGAACAUGAAAUACGAACCCUUUUUGUAAAUGUUUAAUACGUUUUUUUAAUCUGAUUUUUUUGGUUGUUUAACUGUUGUAAAAUCAAACGUUGUAGACAUUGAGAAUUUCAAACAUUUCCUGAAACUAUAGAACAGUUUAAAUAAAACGAAAUGAAUAAACUUUAAAAGUAUCAUCAUUUUGUGAAACUGCAGUGUAAAACAAAUGUUUCAUAAAAUUCAAAAAUUUUUCAUGAAAUACAUUUGUGAAUCAAGAAAGCAUAUAAUUUUGUGA